AUGGCCGGAAUGAAGAUGCUUCCUGCCUCCUUUGCCCGUGACUCUGUACCCCUGCACUUGCGUGGCGAGUCUUUGGACCAGGUGAGGCUGGUUUGGCUGGUCCCGAUACUGGCCCAGCUGGUUGAGGCGAACUACUGGGAACAGCUCAGCCCGAGUGGCACGCCGCCAUCCGUGCGGUUUCGGCACGGAGACGCCGCGGUGUGGAGCCCGGCUGCGCACGGCUUCUACGUGUUCGGUGGGGAGGAUGAUAACGGCAACCUUCUCAACGACUCGUGGAUCUACCGGAGAUGCGCUUUCUUCGUGAAGUACUGGGCCACCUUCCAUGUGAACUACUGGGAACAGCUCAGCCCGAGCGGCACGGCGCCAUCCGGGCGGACUCACCACACCGCGGUGUGGAGCGCCGCUGCGAACGGCUUCUACGUGUUCGGUGGGUAUGAUGGAGAUGCCCUCUUUUUUUGUGUGAAGUACUGGCAAAUCCCAGCACCACGGGGCGUUCUCCUUGGGGCCACCUUCCAUGUGAACUACUGGGAACAGCUCAGCCCGAACGGCACGGCGCCAUCCGUGCGGUAUGGCCACACCGCGGUGUGGAGCCCGGCUGCGAACGGCUUCUACGUGUUCGGUGGAAAUGGUGGUGGCAGCAGCAUCCACGACCAGCUCAAUGACUUGUGGUUCUGGCGUGAGGCCAGCGAGGGUGUGGUCUUACAAGAGAUGCUCAGGAUGCACUUUUUUGUGAAGUACUGGCAAAUCCCAGCACCACGGGGCGUUCUCCUUGGGGCCACCUUCCAUGCAAACAGCAGCUGGGAACAGCUCAGCCCGGACGGCACGGCGCCAUCGGCGCGGCGUUUGCACACCGCGGUGUGGAGCGCCGCUGCGAACGGCUUCUACGUGUUCGGUGGGUUUGAUGAUGGUGGCAACGUUCUUAACGACUUGUGGUUCUACGGGAGUGAGGCCAGUGAGGGCCAUCGCGAGCUUUUGGCUCGUCAUGGCUCAUGCAAUGCAAGAUUCGGGAUGCACUUUAUUGUGAAGCACUGGCAAAUCCCAGCACCUCAGGGUGUUCUCCUUGGGCCACCUUCCAUGUUUCGAUUCGGUCUACACGCAGCUUUCCACGAAGAGAUGCUCAGCAUCAGGCAUGUCUCGCAGGCAAACAGCUGGGAGCAGCUCAGCCCGAGCGGCACGGCGCCAUCCGUGCGGAAUGGCCACACCGCGGUGUGGAGCCCGGCUGCGAACGGCUUCUACGUGUUCGGUGGAAAUGGUGGCCCGGGCCUGAGUGAGAGCACGUCUGGGGCAGCACCACAGCGGGCUGCGUUGCGGUGGGGGCAUCACUGA